AUUUAGUCCGAACUGUUUUGCCAAAACACUCAGAAAUGAAGUGGGCACUCUUUCGAAUAUUUUUCUGGUGCCUUUUCUCACUUCUCGCAAAUGCUGUGUUCCAGAUAUAUCGUCGGAUUUUGUUAAGUCUUUUGGGUAAACUAACAAUCCAUUUAAAGAUGUGGAAGACCAAGGCCUUGCUGGUGCACCUGCUGCUGCUCGUAAGCGUGCUGAAGAUCUACUUUCAGUCCGCGCCGCUGAUCCACCUGGAGCCGCAGGCCACGUUGCCGCAAAUGGGUGUUAAGCCGCCAGCCGAUCGCUUGGUGAUCUUUCUCGCCGAAGGGCUUCGCGCCAAGACGUUCUUCUCACAGAACUACAGCUGGGUGCCCCAUGGUCGGCAGGGCAUAGCCCAUUCCAGUGUGCCCACGCUUACCCAAGCGGGUAAGGUGGCCCUGUUUGCCGGUUUCCAUCCGGCAAUAUUGUUUACCGAAAACUAUGACACGAUCUUCAAUCGCACCUUGGAGUCCGCUGGUGGGUUUGUACUAAAGUUUGUGGGCGACAAUCCCAAAACGAAUUCUGGUCUUAAGGAUCUGCAAGUCUACCUGUCGGAUGAUGGCAAUCAGAGCACGAUAAGAAACGCCAGCAAGGUGCUGAUCUUGGUUUGCAUGGGCGAUAUAGGCGGGGCCAGUCCAAGGGACAGAAGAUAUCUCAAAAAGUUAUUCAAAGCACAGACCAGCAUCUUUAAGGCCUAUGCAGCUGUGGAAAAUUUAUUCAAGGACAAUAGAACUGCUUACCUUAUGACCUCGGCUCAUGGACUCAGUAAUCUGGGUUCCCAUGGCGCUGGAACUCCUUACGAAACGGAGACGCCCUUCAUGCUUUGGGGUGCCGGCUUCAAUGCUAAUCAGUCUAUGCAGAGGCUGGAGCAAAUCCAGCUGGCUUCGCUAAUGUCAGCUUUGAUUGGCUUACCACCUCCGGUCAACAACUUGGGGCAGUUGCCUUUGGGCUACCUGAACGUAUACCAGGAGGAGGAGCGGAAGGUAAUGCACCUAAAUGCCCGGCAACUUCUGCUUCAAGCCAAGUUCCUUGUGAGACGCCACAAAAGGGGCUGUUGCCACAAGUGGCUUCCCAAGGGUGGAGACUUGGACCUCUUGCGAAUUUCCCACUAUCAAUACCAGAUAAACCGCCUCACGGAAGUGCACUGGCAAGCCAAGGCCAUGGAGACAAGCCUUAUGGCAGCCCGCUUGGCCCUGAACACCGUGAAGUACUACGUGGGAUACUAUGACAUUCCGCUGGUGGUAGCCACGGCACUGGCUCUUCUCGGCUGGAUGCUCUACUUGAUGCUGAAGCUUUCCCAAGAUUCGCAGGCCUUCAAGGAGCAUCACAGAGGCUUUCUGAACUGGAGCACAAUUUGGCUGGCCGCGUUGGGACUGCUGCUGGGCGAGCUGGCCUUCUUUCAGGGCUUGACGAUUUUGACCAUCUUCUGUUUGAUCGUGCCCUUUGCCAUUUGGUGUCUGGCCCUGGCCGAGUUGCCACUGAAAGGUAAUUACAUCUUCAAUGUCCGGACCCACUUAAGCUGGAUCGUUAUACCUGCUGGACUCAUAGUUGUGACGCUCUGCUGCAAUUACUACCUUAGCCUGACUUAUGCCCUGGCUGUUGGCUUCUACAACCGUCUGGGCUGCGUGCGUCCUUCCUUCCAGGUCCUGAGCUGGCUGAUUCUUGUUUUCCUGCUGAGCAUGUUCUUGUGCUUUCUGCCCCAAAUUGAGUUCUUGAUGGUCAGCAAUUAUCGGAUGGCUAUCCAGGCUACCAGCAUGGUAUUGGUUAUCCUGCGUCCCUAUAUUUCCGGCGAAAAGCACGAGAAGCGCGUGUGGAUUGUCAACGGAGGAAUGCUGAUUCUGGGAGGAGUGGGAAUCUAUUUAAGGGAAACUGACAAAACAGUUCCCAUCUAUAUGAUGGUGGCCAACUGGUCGUACUUUUUCUAUGCAUUCGCAUCGAUACCCUACAGUAGGAGUGCCUGUCUUCGCUCUCGUCUGGAGUUGAUAUGCUUUAACCUGCUGACCGUUCAUGCCCUCCUGAGCGAUUCGUACACCUCCCUCUUUGCCCAGUUGUUGAUCUUGGAGUAUCAACAGGGUAUCGAGGUGCAUUUGGUGACCAGACUGGAGCUGAAAGAAGAGGAAGAAUCGAUGCUAACAUCCAAGGAGUACCUGCAGCUGUGCUAUCGAUUUGCCGUGUCCAUUAUCCUUUAUUUCUACGUCUCUAUGAUGGGAACUGGUCAUUGGUUACAAAGCUUCACCUAUUUUGCCAACACGGAUCGACUAUUUAUGCCGCAUUGCUGCCCUGCUAUGCUUGGAUUCUUGGUAUUUAUCCAUAUGCUCAUCCCCCUCAUCAUAAUCCUGGCCAGCUUACGUGCACUGAGCACAUUUGGACGUCAUGAGAUUAGCUCCAUCUUUAGCUGCGUGAUGCUUAUUUGCAGUGCCGUGGUUCUGUUCUUUGUGGUUUUUGUUCCCCAUUUGAGAGAUUGGCCAAAUGUACACCCAUCCGUAAUCAAAGUGAUCAUGGUGCAACUCACAGCCGUUUUGCUGAUGGCCUGCGACUGCUGUGGCAUAUUUUUAUUCCGGGGAUUCAACCUGAUCACAUCUCCAACUCCCAAGCGAGCUGUGGUUGAAAUCUGCCCCAAGACUAUAUCCUCAAGGACCUCGUUGAACUCCACCGAGGUAUGAGUAGGGGAUAAGUUGUUGAAAUAUAAUAAAAUUUUUAGUAAACAUAUGUAAGUUCUUAAGUUUUCAAACUUUUGCACUGUACUUUUGCAAUAUUUAUCUACAGAAUUUAAUAAAUAAUUUGGCAGAUCCGAAUUUUUCA